AUGCUGCUCCAGGAGCUCCCGGUGCCAGCGUGGCUGUCUCGCCUCGCCCAGGCUGCACCCAGGGCGGCCGUGCCCAGCGCCGCACCCUCCGGCCCUGGCUCAGCCUGGACCGAGCACACCGCCCCAGAUGGACGCAAGUACUACUACAACGCCGGGACCAAGCAGAGCGUCUGGACCAAGCCUGUGGAGCUGCAGACGCCAGAGGCCGCGCUCAAGGCGGUGGAGGCCGCCCGCUCGGGCGCCAAGGCCGGCGUGUUUGUGGCCCAGCCGGGGUCCAUCCAGACGGGCCCCACCCCCCACCACGCCACCACCGCGGAGGCCAAGGACGCCUUCAAGGCGCUGCUCAACGAGACGGGGGUUUCCAGCACCAACAGCUGGGACGAGGUGUCGCGGGCCAUCAUGGCUGACAAGCGUUUCGGCUCGCUCAAGACGCUGGGCGAGCGCAAGGCGGCGUUCAACGAGUUCGUGCAGCAGCGCCGGAAGGAGGAGGCGGAGGCGGCGCGCGCGGCGCGCAUGGCCGCCAAGGAGGGCUUCUACGAGCUGCUGGACGGCUGCCGCGCUCUGGACGCGCUGCCCAAGUUCAGCCGCGCGCGCGACGAACUGGAGCUGGACCCGCGCUGGCUGGCGGUGGCCUCGGCGCGCGAGCGCGAGGAGCUGUUCGAGGACUGGGUGGAGGAGCGCGCGCGCGCGGAGAAGGAGCGGCACCGCCUGGAGCGCAAGCGCGCACAGAACGCGCUGCGCGACCUGCUGGAGGGCGCGUCGUGGCUGGUGGCGGGCACGCCCUGGCGCCGCGCCCAGGACCGGCUGGCGGGGGUGCCGGAGUUCGAGGCGGUGGACGCCGCGGGGCGGCUGGAGGUCUUCCGCGAGGUCAUGGAGGAGGUGGAGAAGCGGGAGAAGGAGGCCGCGGCGCGGGCGCGGGAGGAGCUGGUGCGCUCAGAGCGCGCCAACCGCGCCGCCUUCCGCGAGCUGCUGGCCGACCUGCGCGCGCGCGGCGCGGUGCACGCGCGCUCGCGCUGGAGGGAGGCGCUGGCCCUGGUCGAGGCGGAACCGGCCUACCUCGCCGUAGAGCGCAACACCACGGGCUCCCGCCCCCGGGAGCUGUUUGAGGAUCUGCUGGAGGACAUGGAGAAGGCGUACCUGGAGGACCGGGCGGAGAUCAAGGCCGUGGUCGCGGAGCGUGGCCUCGUGGUUGACAUCGACUCCAAGCUGGAGGACUUCCUGGCGGCGCUGGGCAGAGCGGCCCCCGCCGAGGCAGCCCCGGCCGGCAAGGACGGCGCUGCGGCUGACGGCAUGGACCGGGGCGACGGGGAGGGCAAGGACGUCAGCGCAGGGGAGGUCACUGUCGCCCAGGGGGCACAAGCGCUGGGCGCAGGGGCCGAGCCAGCCCUGCCCGACUCCAUCCCCACCCAGAGCCUGCAGCUCUACUUCGUGGAGCAGCAGGGGCUGGCGCGGGAUGAGAUCGCGAAGAGGGAGAAGGAGCACCGGUACCAGCGCGAGGACUUUUCUCGCCUUCUACGCCACGAGCGCCGGAUAGAGGCGGAGACGCCCUGGGAGGAUGCCGUGCAGCUGCUGGAAAAGGAGCCGGAGUGGAAGGAGCUUGAGAGCCUGGAGGAGAAGCGGGAGCUCUUCGAUGCCUUCAUCGCCAAGCUCAAGGCCAAGGAGGCGGAGCGAGCGGAGCGCAAGAAGUCGCGGCGGGAUGAUGACCGGUCAGACGACGAGCGCAGGGACAGGAAGCGGCACAAGCACAAGAAGGACAGGAAGAGGCAUCACGGCGACAGUGAGGAUGAGCGGGACGGGAAGCGCGACCGGCGGAGCAGGGACAGGAGCCGCAGCGAGAGCCAACGGCGAUCGAUGGAGGAGUGCAGGGUGGUAAUCCUGGGCGCCGAAAUGGAGGCAUUGCAGCUGGUGAGCCUGCUGCCGCGCUCUCUGCAGCAGCAGUGCAUGGUGUUAGACCAUGCCGGGUCCUGGCUCAGCCGCUGGACCACGGCGUGGCGGGGACUGGGCAUCCAGCACCUGCGCAGCCCCGUGACCCAUCACCCGGGCCCCGAGCCUGGAGCCUUUUCCGCUUGGAUAGAGAAGCAGGGCAGAUCAGGGGAGCUCCUGGAAGCCGUGCCCGGCUACUCCCCCCUGCCCACAGCACGCCUGCUGGAGGACUACUGCCUGUCCAAGGUAGUGAAGGCCCUCCCGCCCUGCCUCCAGCGCAUCCGGCAGGACACCCUGGAGCGCGUGGAGCCCACGCCGUACCAAGGCACGGCUUCUGAAUCGGACGGCUGCCUGUUCAACUCGCGCCCCGAUUCAUUAUUCCUUGAUGCCUGCCAGGUCACCCACCUCCCACCUCUCUCCUUCAUGUUUGACCCAGGCGGACUGACGCUACACCUGGGCUCCGGCGCCGAGGUUCUGACCCGCGCCCUGGUGGUGUCGCGCGUCGACAGCCGCCCCCUCAUCCCGCCCUGGGCCGCAGACUUGGUCGACAGGGAGGGCACGGCGGUACGCAGCGCGCACCGCCUGCGCCUGGCCGAGGAGGAGCUGGCGGGCAGGAGCGUGGCCGUGGUGGGCGGGGGCAUGACCUCAGUGACCCUGGCGCUCGCUGCCGCGGCAAGGGGGGCGCGGGCGGUCACCCUGGUCGCGAGGAGGCCACUGAGGCAGGCGCCCUUCGAGGUGGGGGUGGGGUGGCAGGGCCCCAAGCUGAUGGUGCCCUUCGCCGGUCAACCCGACCCCGCGACCAGGCUGGCGGCCUGCCGCGCCGCGCGUGCGGGGGCCACCAUCAACGGCCCCGCCUGGGAGGUCCUGGCCGCAGCCGUGCGGCGCGGCGAUGUGGCGGUGCGGGAGGGGCGCACCGUCGAGCGCGUGGCGCGAGAGGGCGACGCUGGCGGCGGUCUGGAGGUGCGACUGGAGGCCACCCGCGGCCUGCACGGCGCUUGCGCCUCGGCGCUGCCAGCCUCCGAUCCCUCACCUGGGUCAAAUGAAGGCGAAAGCUUGACGGUGGACGAGGUGUGGGUGGCGUGCGGCGCAGCGACCGUGCCGGCCGACUCGGCGCCCUUCACCGUGCUGGACGCCCUGAGCCUCCCGGGGGGCCUAUUUGUGGGCGGGUACCCGCGCUGCGACGACGCCAGCCUUGUGCUGCCGGGCGCGCCCGUGUAUGUGCUGGGCCGGACGGCGAUGCUGGCCUGCGGCCCCACCGCAGGCACGCUGGGCGGGAACCGCGAGGCGGCCAAGCGCGUGGCGGCCAGCCUGGCGCGACUGGACAUGGCAGGCGAGAAAGCGUGGCACGCGGCCGCCGGCAAGCUGCAGGCCGCGCCGGCGCCCAGGCUGGAGCUGCUGCCGCCGCCGGAGGCGGAGGGCGCCAUGUGGCAGGCUCCCAGGAAGAAGGUGCCUGUGGCGCGGGAGCCCGACAGGAUCGAUGUGUCGGACCUUCCCCCCAAUCUUCCUCGCAAGGAGCUGGGGCAGUAUCGGAUGAUAGACGAAGGGUUUGACCUGACACUGGUACUGCAACUGGAGGAGCCAGUGACCAAGGACCAGGUGCUGCGGGUCAGGACGGCCUUUGACUGGCAGUCGCUUGAAGUGUGGGCUGUUGGCCAGAUUCAGGCCUUCCACCUGCACGUUCCCAAGCUUUGGGGCCGCAUCCUGCCGGGCAAGUGCGGCAUAAAGGUGAAUGUGCGGACCAAGAAGCUGUUUGUGUGUCUGUACAAGGAGACCGACGCCGAGUGGCGGUACCUCAAGGGCUUUUAG